UCUAAUGCCCCAAUUGUUGGUGGACCCACUGAAAGCUGCUUGUGACCCCUUCCCCCUCCCCCAGGGAGCCUCAGACUCCUGAUUGAGAGCUGCUGAUACAAAUAAAAGAACAAGGAAGACAGCGAGUGGGUCACUGUGCGGUGUGAAUGGGGAGAAGACUAAAGGUAAUCUAGGAGCUUGUCAACUUCUUCAAGGAGAAGGUCAACCAGGCGUGAUGUAGCUGCUGCCUCUCUUGGAUUGUGAAUAUUCCUUCAGUAGGUCCAUUGACGGAUCCUCUUCCCUCAGUUCGUGGGCUGUGCUGAGCAAGUGUUGCUCCCAGGUCUCCACAUUGCUGUUUUCUCACAGGCAGCAGGAUGUGGCACGAAGCCCGGAAACAUGAGCGCAAGCUCCGUGGGAUGAUGGUCGAUUAUAAGAAACGGGCCGAGCGUCGGCGAGAAUACUAUGAAAAAAUAAAAAAGGACCCAGCCCAGUUCCUCCAAGUGCAUGGCCGGGCGUGUAAGGUCCACUUGGAUUCUGCCAUUGCUCUUGCAGCUGAAAGUCCAGUCAACAUGAUGCCCUGGCAGGGGGAUACGAAUAACAUGAUUGACCGGUUUGACGUGCGUGCUCAUCUGGACUACAUUCCUAUGUAUACCCCGCCACUGCUCAACCCAAUCUCUCCCGAGCAGGAGUCAGACGAGAGGAAGUGUAACUACGAACGCUACAGGGGCCUAGUGCAGAACGACUUCGCCGGCAUCUCAGAGGAGCAGUGUCUCUAUCAGAUCUAUAUUGAUGAGCUCUAUGGGGGACUCCAGAAGCCCAAUGAGGCCCCCCAGGCAAGCUUUGGAGGGCUUGCGGAGAAGAAGGCAUCGAUUGGCUACACGUAUGAGGACAGCACAGUGGCCGAGCUCGAGAGCUCCUUGGAGAAGCGGGGGGAUGAGGAGGACUCUGAGGAGGACAGCAACACGGACGAGGACGAGGUCAUUCCAGACAUUGAUGUGGAAGUUGACGUGGAUGAGUUAAAUCAGGAGCAGGUGGCUGACCUGAAUAAACAGGCGACCACAUAUGGGAUGGCCGAGGGCGACUUUGUCAGGAUGCUGCGGAAGGACAAAGAGGAGGCCGAAGCCAUUAAACACGCCAAAGCCCUGGAGGAGGAGAAAGCAAUGUACUCGGGCCGUCGCUCUCGCCGACAGAGGAGGGAGUUUAGAGAGAAACGCUUAAAAGGAAGAAAAAUCAGCCCUCCAAGCUACGCGCGGAGAGACAGCCCCACGUACGAUCCCUACAAACGGUCGCCUUCCGAGUCUAGCUCUGAAUCCCGCUCCCGCUCCCGCUCGCCUUCCCCCGGCCAGGAAGAGAAGAGCAGGUUCAUCACCAGCUUCGGGGGCAGCGACGAGGAGGCAGCUGCCGCUCAGGCCGGAGGAGUGCCCGGGAAGGCUGUCCCCCUUGGCAAGCCGCGCUCCACCCAAGUGCACCAGGGCAGCGCUGCAGCAGGUCAUAGCGUCUCCUCCCGACGACGUUCCUCCUCGUCCUCCUCCUCCCCGUCCACCUCUUCCUCCUCCUCUUCGAGCUCCCGCUCCAGCUCCCGCUCCCCCCGGGGCAGCCGGUACAGCUCCCGUCGCUGGUCCAGGAGCCAUUCCCGGUCCGGGGAGCGCUAUCGCCGGAGCGGCAGGGCAGGCAGACACUGGAGCAGUAGUCGGAGCAGCCGGAGUCCCAGCGAUUCGCGAAGCCGCAGCACGUCAGCUUCUCCAGCAAGAGAGAAACUGCUGAGGCCUGCAGCUUCCCCAGCUGUGGGGGAGAAACUGAAAAAGGCUGACACUGCUGGUGGUAAAGAGACAGGAGCUGCCAAACCAAAGCUGACUCCACAGGAGAAGCUGAAGUUGCGAAUGCAGAAGGCCCUCAACAGGCAGUUCAAAGCCGACAAAAAGGCAGCGCAAGAGAAGAUGAUGCAGCAGGAGCAUGAAAGGCAGGAGCGGGAAGAUGAGCUGCGAGCCAUGGCCCGGAAAAUCCGAAUGAAGGAGCGAGAGCGGCGAGAGAAGGAGCGGGAGGAAUGGGAAAGGCAAUACAGCAGGCAAAGCCGGUCCCCGUCCCCGCGAUACAGUCGGGAUUAUGGGUCGUCCAGGAGGCGUUCACGCUCCCGGUCCAGAAGCCCUCACUACCGCCAUUAGUGCGUGGGUCCCAGCGCAGCGCGGGUCCCGGUCCCCCUGCUGUGGCGGGCGCUGCAGGCCCCAACCCUGCCGUGUAGCAAAGCUGUACAUUGCUGUUCUGUUUUUAAGAUGCCAGCGUCGGAUAAUAAAAACAAAUCCUCCUUAGCUCUUGCAGCAGCCUUACGUUGGGCAUCUGGAAGGAGGCCUCAGCAAGGACCUGCAUCCUCGCCCAGGGAAACUGGAGCUUUCCUGCGACGCAGGGCGGGGGGAGCGGAGCCUUGUUCGAAGGGGAGUGGGUGAGUGAGCAGUGCGAGGCCACCAACGCCCCACCCUGGGAAUCGUCGCUGUGGGACAUAGCUGUCGGCUGUGCUUCCCCCCUCCGAAAGGCUGUGGCCUGCCCCUGCAGCCAGCAGGAAAGGGGGAGGAGUAAGGCUUGGAGGACAUGGAGGCUUAAGCUCUGGCUUUCCUAAGGAAGUGCCAGCUCUCUCCACCCUCUGCUGGAUGGGCAGGUGAAUGCUCUUAGGGUAGGCGGGCCCAGUGUGCUAAAAGGCCAGGCUCCUUCCAGGGCUCGGGGGUCUCCAUGCACUAGCCUGGGCCUUUUCUCAGACACAAGUUCCAUUCCAGUCGGGUGGCUGGACUUGUGGCUACUGAACUUAUAAGGUGGAAGUUUAUCCGCUGUAAGUUGGGUUUAAACUGAUGGACAAGUUUAAACCGGAACAACUUGUGUGUGUACAGGUCAGAAUCCAAACCAAGCGCCAGCUCUGGUAAUACAGCCUGCCAUUACCUCACUCCUUCAAUGCCUCCGUCCCACUGGGACGAGCCUGGGUCACAACACAAGAAUUUCAGUUCAUAGGACUUUGAGAGAUUUAGUCUAGUUUCCUGUACUCCUAGCAGGACGAAGUAUUAUCUGUACCCUCCCUGCCAGGUGUUUGUCUAACCUGCUCUUAAAAAUCUCCGAGGAGGGAGAUUCUGCAACCGCCCUAAAUAAUUUAUCCCAGUGCAUCACCACCCUGACAAAGCUUUCCCUAAACUGCCCUUCAGUACAAGCCCAUUGUUUUUGUCCUCUCCUAUUAGAGAUUUACGGAACAGUUUUUUCCCUCUUUGUAAAAGUCUUUUUGUCCUUAAAAAUGGUUCUAUCCCCUCUUUCUUCUCCAGACUAAAUUAUCCUCAUUUUGUUAGUCUUCCCACACAGGGCAUGUUUUCUAGGCUCUGAACCUUUGCAGACUACUGUAUCCCUUUCAGGAAUCUGACUUGUCUUGCAUUCCCCCAAGUUUCACCUCAUUUCAAAAAAAUACUUGCUUACAAAAUCAGACAUAAAAAUACAAAAUGUUCCAGCACUGUGGCUUACCUUCUCAUUUUUUACCAUACAAUUAUAAAGUAAAUUAGUUGGAAUAUAAAUAUUGUACAUUUCAAUGUAUACUACACAGCGGUAUAAAAAAGUUGUCGUAUGACAUUUUAGCAUGUGAUGAAUUGCUAGUGUCUUUAUGUAGCCUGUUAAACUAGGCAAAUAUCUAGAUGAGUUGAUGACCCUCAGGAAAAGCUCUGAGUACCCUAGGGAUACACGUAUCCCUGGUUGAGAACCACUGUUCUAGAACUUUCACCAUUUUUGUUGCUCUUCUCUACUUUCUUCUGUUUGUCCCUUGCUUUCAUGAAAUGUGGCACCUAGAACUGGGACACAGCAGAGUUCUAAUCAGCAGAGUAGAGCAGGAGAGUCACUUCUUGUGUCUUGCUCACAACACUCCUAUUUGUUUGAGCUGGCUGGUAAAACCUGUGGGGAUGAUUUGCAUGUUUAGGAUGUUAAAAACCAAUGGUUGUAACCUAUUUGAGUAGGGGGAAUCAAAUGGGCAGAAGGGGAGGGAAACUACAGGUCAACUUUUUAGACAAUGAUUACAGCAGAAAGUGAUAGUGAAUGUGUAUGGGUCAGUGUCUAACAGAUAAAGCACAAGAGAGUAUCCAAUGGUGUCUGCUGCAGCACACACACUAGGUGUGGAAGGAGCCAGCCACCCUGUUCCUGAUCUAUAAUAUGUAGAGAGAACACUGAUCAUGGGAGAUUUCAGGUGGAAUGACAUAUAUUAAAGAUCUCAUGCUGUCUGAAUUAAAA